ACCUUCGUGAAUAGUUGAUAAUAUGACUUACAGCUCUUAGUUAUCUCUCGUGAAAAAAGGCAGCAAUCGGAGUGCAAAAACAAUGACAAUCUUCGCGCAUUUUAAUGCCCUAUUGUUUAAAAACAGCUGAAAACUUCUUUUCCCUGUGAAAGAUUAACAGACACUUCUGACUAAGGUAGGCUAAAUGACAGCUUAAUAAAUUUAAGUAGUAUUCAUCUGUCAUUAUUAAAAUGGAAGGUAUUGAAGAAGUCUCGUGGAAACGAAGAGCUACUUCUGCUACCAGUUCUAACAGCUCUGUAAUAGAAUAUGUAAAUGAAGUCUUUACUGAAUCAGAACUUGAAAUGAGCAAAUCUGUAAAUGUUGAAGUCACAGAAAACACAAUUUCGGUUGAAAAUCCUCUCACAGGCGUUCAGGUGGAUAAAAAAGAUAUUGUGGUGGAUAAAAAAGCAGACUUUUCUGACAACGUUUUACAAGAUUUUCCCGUUCGCUCAGGUAGCUUUCAGGAAGUUAUUGAAAAAGGUUUCAGAAACAUGUAUCUGUCUGCACUUGUAGUUCUGUUAUUCGCAAUCUGUAUGGGGGUGACUGCAACAUACACUGCAACAGCUACGGAGGAUAUGAAAAAGAAACAUAGCAGCAUACAUCCAUCUUCGGACGAUGUUACAUGGAUUGGCAGUUUGAUGGCCGUCGGAGCACUAAUAGGUGGAUCAGCGGGUGGUUACUUCACAAAUACUCUUGGACGGAAAGGCACUCUUAUGUUCAAUACUGCACCUUUCGUUGCAGGCUGGCUGUUCAUUAUAUAUGCUCCUUCAACAGGAUGGAUAUUCAUUGGGCGAAUACUGUCGGGUUUCUGUGUUGGUAUUGUUUCAGUAGCUACACCAAUGUAUUUAAUUGAAAUUUCAACUCCAGAAGUUCGUGGUCUACUAGGCGCCUCUUUUCAAUUAUUUGUUGUAAUUGGAAUUCUCAUUGUUGCAUCAUUAGGAUCAUUUUUAACAUGGAGAAACUUGGCAGUAUCUGGAGCUAUAAUCUGUUUAACAGCAGCCUUUCUAAUGCUUCCGAUGCCUGAAUCACCCAGAUGGUUAAUGGCACAAAAAAGAAGAGAAGAAGCGAAGCGUGCGUUUAGGUUUUUGCAAGGUAAAUCUUUCAAUUCUGAAGCUGAAUGUAAAAAAAUUGAAGAGGAAAUCAAAAAUCAGCCAAUAGGAAGAGUUCAGAUGAAGGAAUUUCUCGUCCCCAUUAUUUAUAAACCUUUUAUUUUAUCCAUCCUACUCAUGUUUUUCCAACAAUUUAGUGGUGUAAACGCAAUUUUAUUCUACACUGUUGACAUAUUUAAAUCCGCUGGUUCUAGUUUGGAUCCAAUUCGGGCUACCAUUUAUGUUUCCGUUGUGCAAGUAAUCGCUACGGCCGUUGGUAGUAUCCUUAUGGAUAGAGCUGGACGAAAACCUCUUCUCAUGAUUUCUGGUAUAUGUAUGGCCAUGAGUUUGAUUGUAUUUGGCGGAUUUGAUCUCGCUAAAAGAUCAGAUGCCUCAGUAAGUUUAAAAUUUGGCUGGUUACCCUUAGUUUGUUUGAUGGCCUUCAUUUCUGCCUUUUCUAUUGGCUACGGUCCAACGCCUUGGUUAAUGGUCGCUGAAAUGAUACCAGUACGUUAUCGAGGUUUCAUCAGUGCAGUGGCAACAGGUCUGAAUUGGACAUUUGUCUUCAUUGUGACGAAAUCUUUUAAAGCAACAGAAGAAAUAUUACAUUCAUAUGGAGUGUAUUGGUUAUACAGUACAUUCUGCAUAAUCAGCUGCUUGGUGACAUUUUUUUUCCUGCCAGAAACGAAAGGAAAGAAACUGGAAGAAAUACAGCCUUUUUUCGAACCCAAAAACGCCAACCAAGACGAAAAUUUAUCAAAAUCAUUUUGAUAACAUAUCAGUUUCGGUUUUACAUAAUAUGACAUAUAAAAGAACUGUAAUACAGGUUGAAAAUAUGUCAUCAACAACGAGAAUAAACAAUGAAAGGUAAUUAGCAUUAUGCUAAUGUUUCGAGUCUUUUAAAACAAAAAAGUACAUGCGUAUGAAAGGCAACUGAAAAAUGUUUGAGCAAGUGGAGAAGGAAGAGAGAAAACGUGCUUUAAAACGUGAAGUUUAAUUUUAAAAUUAAAAUAUUACGCAAUACGACAAAAAAUUACAUUGUCUUGAAUGAGAAAAGCUAGCUUCCAUUUAACUGUUUAGGAAUUUUUCUUCCAUUCAUACUAUUUUAAUGCGUUAUACAGUCGUAUCUACAUGUUCUGACAAAAAUUAUAUCUGCCAUCUUAGUGAACUAAAGGUGACUGAUGGCUAUUCAAGACAGAAUUUCUUUUAUUUUCCCCUAAAAAGCCUGCAAAAGCAUUAGUUGAGAACUUCAGCAUAGAAUAAUUUCACAAUAAUUAUCACAAAUAAAAUAGUGAUGCAUUUGUGAUUCUUUUUGUUUGUUAAACUUUAGGAAAGUGUUUGAUAAAACAUGAAAAGAAAAUUUAGUUCAAAAUAAUCAACUGGAUAUUUUACAUUAAAAAGAAAGAGUUUUUCUAUAGUAGCAGGUUGUCACGUAACUUUUAUUUUGAAAGUAUAUUUGUCAUCCGGUAGUAUUCAUCAAUCAGUUAAAUCUUAAUCUAUAUAUCUGAAAACUUAAAUUGUUUUCAGGUUAGAUAAAGAUGUUAUGUAAAAAUGAAUUCUAGUGUCAUUUUUUUCUAAAAUAUUUAUCAUAUAUUGAACUUUUUUUAUUUAGUGAAAUGAAAAUGUUUUAUAAGUGAAUCAGUGUUCACUUGACUGUACUCUCAUCAUGAAAUUCACUUCACUUUGAUCUGCUUCUUGUUGUUAUUAUUUUUCUGUUAUUGAAAUACAUAUCAGUUGACUCACUGA